ACAAACUUUCACUUUUAGUUCAUUAUAGAUCGCAUCGCGACCGUGUGUUUUGUGAUGUGUUUGUGAACUUUAUUGUGAUUGUUGGUUAUCGUUACAUCAGUUAUAGGUUGUUUAUUUGUCAACAGUGGCGUAUUUUGUGAUGUGUGAUUGAAAAUUGAGUGCGGAUUCCGUUAUCGUAACUUAGGGGUUGCGUAGUGAAUUUUAUUUGUCGCUGAGGCUUUACCCAUCAAAGUGAAACGGUUAGGCUUAGUGUUGCCUAAAAAGGUCGCUCGCCCUUUUAGAUUAAGGAUGGGUACCCGAGUGAUUCCAGACAAGUCCUUGUCAGGAGUCCCUCAACUCCUCGAGGAUCUGCAGCGACUCCUGGAUGACCACGAGUCCUCGGACAUCCUGUUCCUGGUAGGACGGGAGGAGGCUCCUAUAUACGCCCACAGGAUUAUACUGAUGGCCAGGUGCAAAAGUUUCCAGACAGCCAAGAGAGGAGAAAUUUGUCGUAUUCCUGGAUGUUCUGUUGCACCUUCGGCUCCAGGCAACCCGUCACCUGUACGGCUCUAUCUGCCUCACUUCCAGAGCGAGACAUUCAAACAGUUCCUCGUCUAUGUGUACACUGGCAAGAUAAUGCUGCAAGACAGUGGAGUGUUUGAGAUGCUCACACUAGCCCAAGAGCUAGGCGUAGAAGAGCUAAGAGCUACUUGUGAAGACCAUGUGACAUCAACCCUGUCUGUCCUCAACGCUUGCACGUUUCUGUCAGCAGCUCUGGAAAUACAGGACAGACCUGCAGGCAAAGGUGCUAAAUCAUUUGUAGAUCGAUGUGUAACUUACAUUGGAGAAAAUGCAGUGGAAUGUGUGAAAACAAACGCUUUCCUCAAUUUGCCAAAAGAUGCUCUUGUAAAAUUGAUCUCGUCAGAUUGUUUGGCUCUGGAGGAGGAAGAUGUUUGGCGGUGUGUACUUAACUGGGCCAAGUAUGCAGCUGGCGUUACACAGCCUACAGCUCACUGGACCGAGGAGGAGCGAGCUAGAGUGUGUCAGCAUUUGGCCGGAGUCAUCAACCAUGUGCGUCUCUUGCUGAUAGACAGCCAGGUGUUCGCAGAGGAGGUAGAACCCACAGGUGCGGUACCCAUGGAACUCUCCUUGGAGCGUUACCGUUACGCAGCGUUGCCAAACAAGUUCCGUGAGAGAUCAGAGGACAAACGACUGCAGCCUCGUGUUUCACUCAAAUUGUUCCCUGGUUCUCAAAUACUUAUUCAGGAGAAAACAUCGUAUCAGCGGCUGCUCAACUCUUGGUAUGGCAGCAGUAAGCAGGUGUGGAGAUUGGUGUAUCGAGCGUCGAGUCACGGUUACUCGGCUGAGGCAUUCCACAGGCUGUGUGACGGAGUGGCUCCGACCUAUGUCAUUGUAACGGGAGCCCGCGGCGAGGUGUGUGGAGGCUUUAGUGACGUCCCUUGGGGCAAAACAAACACCAAGAGUCACUACAUCCCGUCUGAUCGUGCAUUCCUCUUCACACUUGCCAAUAAUCAGGAUCUUCCUCCAACAAAGUACAACAUUGUCAAGAAACCUUUCGCCAUCUGCUACCAUCCUGACUGUGGACCGAUAUUCGGAGCUGGGGCCGAUCUGUUGAUAGCUAGCAACUGUAACACCAACAUGGACAGCUACUCCAACCUGCCUCACUCCUACGACGGAGACAAUGCGUCCAGCUCAGUGCUGAUGAGUGACUACAACUUUAGCGUGCUCGACUACGAGGUCUUCACACCCGUUGGCAAGUGACGUGUUGGUUGUAAAAGUUCUUGCCCCCAGCAUGUCUUGAAGUCUAUAAUGUGUGAGGAUUAGGUUUCACAACUACAGUUGCCUCUCGAUAAUCCAAUACACUGAAUGAGUCAUUGGUCGAUCUUUUACCAGGAAUUUGAUUCGUGUUGUGACAGGUGUCUUGCGUCUUUCUAGUCACGGCCCUUAAAGUGAAUAAUAACAUGGUGAUUGUUGUUUAGAAAGUGUACAUUACUACACAUUGAACUUAUGAUACUAAAUUUUGGAGCAUUCAAAUUUUGUGUAAUUCUGGUUGUCCCUAUGAUUUUAGAAUAUAGAUUUUGAUUUUACUUUACAAAGAUACUUCGCUCUACGUACCUGUAAUACAGCUGUUCCCAAGAGCUGAGAUAGGUUGUAUUGGAAAUAGUUUCUUUUAGUAAACAAUGCUUAAAUUAAUGCAUUUAACAGACAAAGGGAAGACAACAAGGUUACACUAGAUUGAUGUUUAAGAUUACAGAUUAUAUUUUUUUAUUAGUUUAGGUUAUCUGACGUUUUUCCAUCCCCGACUAAAUAAGAUAAGUGUUAGAUCAUCGAGACUCAACUGUAGGCCUAUAUGAAAAUCAUAUAAAUUAGAUUUUACGUGAAAAAAAGAAAAAAAUACACGGAAAAGUUUAACUUUUUCUACACAGAGACAGUUGACUAUUAUGAUGUGCCGUACUUUAUUUGGGAUUCUUACACGUAUUUUGAUUUAUCUAAAAAAAAAAACAAGUUAAGUACCUAUUAAAUGUGAAUUUUUGCCAUCAAAGAUUAGUGUGCCAUAGUACAUUUUAAUUUUAUUAAUGUAACAAGACUUUUCAAAGAGGCGUAACAUGCAUGACUUAAGUGCCAACAGUUUAAACUUAGGAA